UUACAGACACAAAAUGAUGUUGUCGCUUAAUUGUCUGAUUCUAGGACAAGCUUCCGAAAGAUGUUUCACUGAAAACAUUGGCGAAACAUAUAAAAAUGAUAGUGGUGUUGCAAUCAAAUUUUCUAAAUUUACAGUUUCAAACUUCACGGAGAAGCUCUUUCAUAGGGGAGAAGUAAAAGAUAUAUUUCGAAAUACUGGAGAAAUGAAUCUUUGGAAAGUUGACGACAAGAAAGUUGAAGAAGAAAACAAUCUUAAAGAAUUUACUAAAAGUGACAUCAUUGAAAAACUCGGAGGCAAAGAGAUGGUUGCUCGAUUCCCGCUUAAAAGAUAUUUCGAUGUUAAUCAAGAAAUGGAUAUCGAGGGUAUUCAUAUCUUUAUAGUCCCUACCUCCACUGGACCUAAUUGGAAUGUCGAUUCUUCCAUUUACAAAUGGAUAAAACAAUUCACAUUGAACCGUGGUCGAGACCUACUCGUUAAAACUUAUGGCAAAGACUUUAAGUUUCUUCAAAGAGAUGACACUAUUGAUGCCCUUUGGAAUGGUCUUACAAUGUUAGAUGGAAUCGCAGCCCGAUUUAAAAAUCGUAAUGUAAGUGACAAAGGCCUUCAUCCAAUUCCUGUUUUAGCGGGCGGACCUGGAGUUGGAAAAAGCAGAUUUCUGGAUGAAGUUGAACGAUUGCUCGUUCAAUAUGCUAAUGAGUCUGAUGAUGAUGAAAUACGGGAUGCUUUCACCAAUAUGACAGUCAUAAACACCACCUACGGGAAUGGAUGCCCUGCUAGAGAUAUGGAUGUAACAAUUGGUGCUGAGGCAUCUCUUGCAAUUCGUAUUCUGUUUGAGUACUUUAAACCUAAACAUGACUUUGGCGAUUACGAUUUUUCUCACUUUCAAUCACUCUGCAAUAAUUAUUCGAACAUUUCAUACUUUACUCUGAGCACUGCUAUCCGAGUUGUUUAUGCUGAUGUUAUUAUACAAAAGAAUCAAGAAAUAAAAUCUAAUCCUCUGCUUGUCCUGGUUCUUGGUAUUGACGAGUUAAACUAA